CAGCUAAAAGGAGCAAACGCUGCGGAAGAUGACCUUUAGCAGCCUCACAGCCACACUAAUAAACACUAAAGCAGCAAUCAUGUGCCGUCACGUGUAGAUAAGAUAACUGCCUGUCAACGACAUUGUCCCUCCGCCUCUCUGCGACUCAAUGGAUCGACCAUCUCACCAUGAGUGUGAGCAUUGACGCUCUAUACAUCUUUGACGACCAUCGUAACCCUGUGUUAGAGCACAUCUACACCGGGCGACCUCCCUCCGCCCAGGUGCUCAUUGCCAGUUACACGAGUCGGCCAUCUCCUCGGCCCGCGGUCUUACAACUCGCAGAUGUUGCACCGCCCGUCACUGUCUACUCAAUAUCCCAUUCGUCCCUCUUGAUCAUCGCGGUUGCGGCCAAAGAUGCUCAGUCACUUGCGAUCCUCGACUUCCUGCACCGGCUGGUCGAUAUCUUCGAGGACUUUCUUGGGAGCCCCUUGUUAACCACCAAGAUUGAGGAGAACUAUGAGAUCGUGGCACAAAUACUGGGCGAAGUAUGCGAUGGUGGCAUAAUAUGCAAUACGGAACCGAAUGCUCUGCGAGAGUCCGUGGAAGUAUCGUCUGGGUUGGGAAAGUUUCUCACUCAUGUCGGACUGCCUGGGUCUUCUCAGGCUCUUGCGCCGUCCAGCAGUUUUGGUUCAAGUCUACGGGCGGGCCCAACGCAAGCCAGUGGACCUGCAAUCCCGUGGCGCAAAUCUAAAGUUCGACAUACCUCGAACGAGCUCUAUGUUGACAUUGUCGAAACACUGUCUGUCGUUUUCGCACCUUCGGGCCGACCCAUUUCAGCUCGUGCGCACGGGUCGGUAGCUUUCACAGCCAAGAUCUCCGGAGUACCGGACCUGCUUCUGAACCUGUCUGCCCCGGGAGGAACCAGCAAUGCGAAGUCUGCAGGUAUUGCCCGGACAAUGCAAAUACCCGUGUUCCAUCCUUGUGUGCGACUGGCACGGUGGAAAGAGCAUCCUGGGGAGCUCUCAUUCAUCCCUCCGGACGGUCGAUUUAUGCUUGCUGGAUACGAAACCGACCUGAUGCCUUCCAGUCUCAACAGUGAUGAGCCUCCUAGCAAUAUUGAUCGACUCUUUCUCCCCGCGAAUGCAGAUUUACGCACCGGUACAGGCAGUUCAUCUUCUGACUUCGAAGCUCGUUUGACGCUGAACAACAAUUUCCCUGGUGUGGCUUCAAGUGCGAAGCCAAACACGACUCGCACGGGUUCUGGGCCUAUUGGCUCCUUGUCCUUUGGCAACAACAGCGGCAGUUCAAGCGCUCCGUCGCUGGAAGCGGUCAUGGUCACGAUCCCCUUCCCAGCGGACGUGCGCAAUGUGACCGAGCUGAGGGCGUCCCGAGGUGAAGCGACCUUCAACGCAUUUGACAAGGUCGUUGAAUGGAAGGUCUCAACCAAGGACGGUGCAUCCGUGAACGGGAUUGCCACUUUGACUGGAUCAGUCGUGGGGCCCUUGAACGCUGACAGUGUGGUGGACGAUGAGCUGCAAGCCGCCGAGGUUGGCAAGUCAAACAGCAUUGCCGGAUACUACAAUGAAGACAACGUUGCGAAUGAGAUAGAGAAACUCGGCUCUACGACGAAUGGCAGCGAUGUCAUAAACAGGAAGGUGCAAGCAAGUAAAGCACUCAUGCCUCGUUCGAUAUCCGUAUCCUUCAACGUCAAGGGUUGGUUACCGAGCGGCGUCAAAGUGGAUAGCUUGAUGAUUGACGUGAAAAAGUCCAAAGGUCUAGGUGAUGGGGUUAAGCCGUACAAGGGAGUGAAGUACCUUACAGUGAGUAGGCAAGGAGUCGAGCGAAGGGUUGAAUGA